ACUAUAGAGAGAUCAUGCGUCGUGAUCAUCGUCAAUUGUCGCUGUUGUCACUGUAUACAAACCUUAUUGUCCAUUACAAGAGGCCGCCCACGUUUUAAUUUCUCUUUUAUUAUUAUUCACCACUUUUCUAAAUACAUGCAAUGCAUUCAUAGUAAAUUACUAUGUAAAUUCUCAUCAAAUACAUAUUAUUAAGUUAAGGGGUAUAUAUUAUUGAUUGUGAUGUGACAUAAAUAAAUGAUAUUUUUUUUUCUUUUUCGUUAGCUAUAUUAACCAUUGAUAAAGUCAUGGAAUUUUAAAAUUACUAACUCAUAUAACGUCUCUUGUUUCCUCAUCAGACAUGGGAAGUGCUCAGUUGUUUGCUCAUUUUCAUGGUCAUCAUGAUGAUCAUCACAUUGUACUUAGUACUGAUCAUAAUAAUGGUCAUGUGAUCAUGAAGGAAGAUGAUGAAGAAGAAGGGCUUAAAUUUGAUCUACAAAUGUUUAAUAGUGACAACAACAACAACAAGGUUGGUACUAAUUAUCAGAGUAGUGGAACAUCUUAUAAUAAUAAUAAUAAUAAUAGUCUUUGUGGGAUCAAAAAUGGGAAGAAAUCAUCACCAAAACAAGGUCAUCAUCCUCCCAAGGUGAAAAUGCACAAGUUUGCUUUUCAAACAAGGAGCCAAGUUGAUGUACUUGAUGAUGGAUAUCGUUGGAGAAAAUAUGGCCAGAAAACAGUCAAGAAUAGUAAAUUUCCAAGAAGCUAUUACAAGUGUACCUAUCAAGGUUGCAAUGUGAAGAAACAAAUUCAAAGGCUUUGCAUAGAUGAAGGUGUUGUGGUCACAACAUAUGAAGGGAUGCAUAAUCAUUCUAUUGAUCAUGAUUAUAAAAGUUUAAACUUUGACCAUAUAUAUAUUUGAAGAGGGUGCAAAGUAGUACUUUAUAUGCUAAUGUUUUUUGCAGGGAUAUAUAUAUGUAUAUUAACCACAAAAUCAGCUGGAGAUCAUUUUCAACUAGAAAUUUACAUAAUGUAAAGGAGAAAAAUGGCCAAACUUUUGUAUUGUU